AUGAACAAUAUGAAUAUACUUGCAUAUCUUUUGAUAUGCCCCUUUAACUUAAUAUAUAUAUUUGACAUUCCUUCAUAUAUACAUGAAUUAAAUAAAAAGCUUGAGAAUGAAGAGGUAUUUAUAUAUGGAAAGGAAAUAAGAAGGAAUGAAUCUGUAUAUUCUUUACAUUAUGAAAAGUAUUUAUAUGAAUUGUCAAGAAGAUAUUAUGAUAUAAUAUUAAAAUAUAAUAAGGAGCUGGGGGUUGACCAAGAAGAAGAGUAUAAUUUGAUAAUGAAUAGAUGGAAAGAUGAAAAUAAAAUAAAAAAUAAUAAUAACAAUAAUAAUAAUAAUAAUAAUAAUAUUAAAAAUAAUAAUAAUAAUAAUAAUAAUAUGUAUGAUGAGGAUUGUAAAUUGCCACUAUCAGAUGGCAGGGAAGAAACCCCAAUAUACGAACUAAUACAAGUAGAGAUUUUCAAAAAGAAUAUUGUUUUAAUUUAUAAAAAUGAAAAAACAAAAUCAUCAAUAAAAUUUAUAAUAAAUAAAAGAAAAGAUAUAAAUAAUUAUAUAUCUUUAUGUUAUAAUAAUUGUAUAUACAAACUAGAUAAGAAUGAUUAUAAUAUUUUAAAAAGUACAAUAAAUAAUAGUAAAGAGAAUAUAAUUAAUAGUUCUUAUAUAUAUAUGUAUAUAAUAUAUUUUUUUUUAUGUAUAUAUAUAGAAAAAAAUUUAUUUUUAUAUUUCCCUAUAUUAUUACAAAAAUAUGAAAUAAUAACAACAUUAUUUAUUGUCUUUAUUCCUUUAAUUUUUUUUGUUUUUUUUUAUUUUUAUUUAACUAUUAUCAAGUUGAUAAGUUCAUGUCUAAUUUUAUAUAUAACAUUUCAAUUCAUAUAUUACACUCAAGGUAUACCUAUAAAUAUGCAACACACAAAAUUUAAACAUACACAAAAAAAGGAAAUGCAAGAUAUAAAAGGGGAUACAACAUAUAUCAAGCAAGAUAUAAAAGGGGAUACAACAUAUAUCAAGCAAGAUAUAAAAGGGGAUACAACAUAUAUCAAGCAAGAUAUAAAAGGGGAUACAACAUAUAUCAAGCAAGAUAUAAAAGAAAAUAUAACAUAUAUCAAGCAAGACAAAAUAAAAAAUAAAAUAUUUUGCAACUCAAAAAAGGAAGAUAUGAAUAUAUAUUCAUCUUCAAAUGAAAGAGAAGAAUAUAUUAUACACAAUACAUUGAAACAUUUUAGAUUAAUGAAUGCAUGUAUGACAUAUAUAUGUAUCUUUGCUGUUGAUUUUUAUUUCUUUCCAAAUCAUUUUUGUAAAUCAUAUUAUUAUGGAAAUACUUUAAUGGAUAUAGGAAUAGGUGCUUCUAUAAGUUCUAGUGCAUAUUCUCAAGAAAUAAGAAAAUUUAAAUAUAUAAAAGAAAAGAAAAGAAUAAUUGAAUUAAAGCAUAUUAUUUUAUUUAUAUUAGGAAUAUCAAGAUUUAUAGGAAUAUAUCUUUUUAAUUAUAAUUAUAAUAUAAGCGAAUAUGGAAUACACUGGAAUUUUUUUUUAACCUUAUGUAUUACAUUUCUUAUAUCUAAUAUAUUCUUUAUUUUAUUAAAAAGGAUACGCUAUAUUUUUCUUUUUAGUUUAUUCUCUAUAACUAUUUUUGAAAUAGCCAUAUAUUAUUUUGAUAUACAUAAUUAUAUAUUAUUACAAAAUGAUAGAUUAAAUUUCUUUUCUUCAAACAAAGAAGGAUUAUUUAAUAUUAUCGGUUCUAUUAAUUUAUAUUUAUUUUCUUUCUCAUUAUUUAAAUAUAUAACUAAUCAGACGACAUACACAACCAGUUUGAAUAUUCCAAAAAAAAAUAAAAACAAUAUGAACAGUUCUAUGUAUUGUAAUAACCAUAUAAAUGAAUUUAAACAAGAUAAUACAAAUAAUAAUUUUAAUAAAGAAAUAAAUCAUAAUAACAAUCAAUUCGAAGAAGAAAAAAAAAAAAAUUUAAAAAAAAAAAAAAUUGUAUAUUAUUUCUUAUAUAUUCAUUAUAUAAUAAAUACAUAUAAAGAAAAAUAUUAUACCAUGUAUUAUAUUAUAAAAUUAAUUAUAUUAUCAUUUAUUUUUUAUAUAUUACAUAUAAUUCUUAAUAUAUAUAAAAAUUAUAGUGUACGUAUAUUAUGUAAUGCAAAUUAUAUAUUUUUAAUAACAUCAUUGAGUUUGUUUUCAUGUGCCUUGAGUUUUUCUUUAGAAGAUAUCUUAUUAAGAUAUAAAAAAAAAAAAAUAAAUAUUGAUAUAAAAAUAUUAGAUAAGAUGAAUAAAAAUACAUUGAUAGUUUUUCUUUUCUCGAAUAUACUUGUAGGAUUAUUCAACAUUUUAUUUCAAUCUUUAUUAUUACCUCUCAUAUUUGUAAUACCUAUAUUAGUAUUUUAUUCUAUCUUGAUUCUUGUUUUUACAAAAUAUUUACCUUCCAUGCAGUCUUCACAAAAAAAAAAAAAAGAAUGA